AGGAGAACGUGAACGCGCUCCUUCUCGCUGCUACAGUGAAUGCGGGCUUCCAGACGCCUGACUGAGGGCGGCCGUUUUUAACUGAUAGCUCGGAUGUCACUGCAUGUUAAAGGUUCUGCCGAAGCCGAAAGGAAGAGAAGGCAAAUGUAUAUUCACACGGACGCUCAGGUGUAAGUGAUGCUACUGCAAGUUGAAGUCCAGGAAGUAAAACCGCAGCAUAUUGGGAAUAAACGGAUAGAUCGGCGUUCCCCGUUGCAGAGCGCACUCAGUGCGUUUGGAAUACAGACACGCAGCGUGGAAUUACUGGAGCCCUUAGUUUAUCAACUAGUCAACUCGUUUUCUACCGCAUUUAUUAUUUAUUUUUUAUAUAUAGGCUAUAUAUAUCGCAUUUUUCGUAUUACCUUCCAUGUUUUCUCUUCUUUUUGAUUUAUUUCGUUUGAUUAUGUUUGUUCCCUCAUUUCAUUCCAAUGUUAUUUAGUGUCUGCACUGUCAGUUUUUAUUUUUUAUUUUCACAUCCUCUGAAAAUAGCUCGGAUUCGUAUUUUGCGAGGGUAGAUUGUGGUAAAAGAUACUCAAUCUCAAACUGAGUCGUGUCAUGGAUGGCAAAUUGCAUUUGCAUCUACGGAACGAAUCGGCGAAUAUAGAAUAACUACUGCUGACAGAGACAAGGACAAAUGACAUAGGAUGAACACUGCUGGUCAUCUCUGUCUGUCUGUGCUGUCAUCCCUUUUUGCACUGGCCUGGGCUGUGGAGCCACUGGGUCAGGCUGCCCCCUGCUCCUCUCUGGUGGCUGGGGUCUUAUACGGCUCCUUCUCGCUCAGGGACCUCUUUCCCAGGCCGUCCGCUCUGGCAUCCGGAUGCUCCUGGACUGUGGAGAACCCUGACCCCACCAAGUACUCGCUCUAUUUCCGCUUCAAUCGCCAUGCUGGCGCCUGUUUAGCUUUUUCACCGCUGGUGCUGCCCCUGGACCACUACCUUUCGAACCAGACCUGUGGACUCCCAGACCAGCCCACCUUCCCCUCAGACCCUGAAGCCGUCGAACUUUGCAUGGUCCCAGGACCCCACACGUUCCUGCAAUUUGAUAAGAACUUUGUGCAGUUGUGCCUGACCACUCAUCCCGACAAAGAUGGAGACAAUGGAGAUGGGAUUUCCGAGGGCCAGGCUCCCUUAUCGGCGGAAACUCUGGACUUCCGGCUCAUUGAGGUUCUGCUCAUUAAUAAUGAGAAUUCAAGUCAGUUUACGUGUGGAGUCCUGUGCCGGUGGUUCGAGGAGUGCUUGCACGUCGGAUCAGGCUGGGAAACCGAGAGCUGCAGUAUCACCCAGACGGGAUGCGUGUGUCCCAACAUGGCACCUCCGGUCUCUCUUCUGCCCACUGCUCCCCACAACCACUCUUUAGACCCCAGCGCAAGCGUGUUGCAAUCCCCACCUGACGACUGUUGUGUCACACAGCUUCAUUCAAAGAACGGCAUUGCUAUAGCACCCAGGGAUGUCCGGCAAGAGCCUGAUGAUGAUGAGCAGAAGGUGAAGACACAAAGGCCACGAUCAGCUGACCAGCCGGGUGUGUUCCAAGCUCAAACAGGUGACCCAGCAGCGGAGGAGUGGUCUCAGUGGAGCGUGUGUUCGCUGACAUGUGGGCAGGGUUGGCAGGUCCGUUCUCGUUCAUGUGUAUCCUCUCCAUACGGGACCCUCUGCAGCGGCCCACUGAGGGAAACCCGACUCUGCAACAACACUGCCACCUGCCCAGGUGAGCCACAGCAUCAAGCAGUGGAGGGGCAGUGGUUGGAUUGGGCCGCCUGGUCUCAGUGCUCUGUUUCCUGUGGCUCCGGCACUCAGCAGAGGCAGCGGCGUUGCAGUGUGUCAGUUCAUGGCUGGGCAGAGUGUAAGGGGCCGCAUGCAGAAACUCGUGAGUGCACCAACCCAUCUUGUGGGGACGGAGGUAACUGGGGUGCUUGGAAUCACUGGAGCUUGUGCUCCAAAACCUGUGACUCUGGUUGGCAGCGGCGGUUCCGUAUGUGUGAAGGCACAGGAAUCCAGGGUUACCCUUGUGAAGGCUCUGGAGAGGAAGUGCGCUCCUGCAAUGACAAGAAAUGCCCAGCACCUCAUGAAAUAUGUAAGGAUGAGUACCAAGUAGACCUGACAUGGAAGAGAGCCUCAGCUGGAGAGACGGUAUACAACAAGUGUCCAUCAAAUGCCACUGGAUCUGCUAGUCGUCGUUGUUUGCUGGACGCUAAUGGAGUUGCUUACUGGGGUCCUCCGAGCUUCGCCAGAUGUGUCUCACUCGAAUAUAGAUAUUUACAUUUAUCUUUGCGAGAACAUCUUGCGAAGGGUCAGAGGACCCUGGCAGGGGAGGGCAUGUCUCAGAUCGUGAGGAGUCUCCUGGAGUUAAUGUCCCGUAAGAAUUAUUAUAGCGGCGACCUCUUAUUCUCUGUGGAGAUUCUCCGAAAUGUGACGGACACCUUCAAGCGAGCAACCUACAUCCCAGCUCCUGACGACGUGCAGAAAUUCUUCCAGAUUGUCAGCUUAAUGUUGGACAUUGAAAACCUGGAGAAGUGGGAAGAUGCUCACCAGGUCUCUCCGGGUUCUGUGUUACUGAUGCGAGUUGUGGAAGACUUCAUUCAUCUUAUUGGAGAGGCUCAAAAGCCAUUCCAGAGCUUUCUGGUCGUCACCAACAACCUCAUAAUCACCAUCCAGCGUGAACCAGUCUCGGCUGUUUCCAGUGACAUCAACUUCCCCAUGAAGGGAAGGAGAGGAAUGAAAGACUGGGCACGUUCUGCAGACGACAAGCUCUUCAUCCCCAAAGAAGUCUUCACCCUGUCCUCCGAUGAAUCAGAUGACACACCAUAUUUCGUCAUUGGAGCCAUCCUGUAUCGCACCCUCGGCCUCAUAAUGCCCCCACCAAAAGAUCCAUUCGUGAUCAGCUCGAAGAUUCUCACAGUGACUGUGCGUCCUUUACCCAAGCCCACCGAGCCCUUGGUAUCAGUAGAACUUGCCCCUUUGCUCAAUGGCACAACAGAUCCUCAGUGUGUUGUCUGGGACUACGGAAACCCAGAGGCUGGCGAAGAAAACUGGGACGCUGAGAGCUGCCAAACGCUCCCAUCGCCGGCAGUCUCCCAGACCAAAUGUCUGUGCAGCAAGCUGUCCACCUUUGCAGUGUUAGCGCAGAAAGCUAAAGAACCGGGUAUGGGGCCGUCCAGUAUACCGUCUGUGCCCCUCAUGGUGGGCUGUGGCAUAUCUUGUACGGCUCUUCUCAUUCUGCUGCUCAUCUAUGCUGCCUUUUGGAGGUACAUUCGUUCAGAAAGGUCCAUCAUCUUGGUGAACUUCUGCCUGUCCAUACUGGCCUCCAAUGUGCUGAUACUGGUGGGACAGUCCCAAACUCUCAGUAAGGGACUGUGCACUGUGACUGCUGCCUUUUUGCACUUCUUCUUUCUGGCCUCUUUCUGCUGGGUACUGACAGAGGCAUGGCAGUCCUACCUGGCUGUGAUUGGCAAGAUGAGGUCCCGCCUCAUUCGCAAGCGUUUCCUGUGCCUGGGUUGGGGUCUUCCAGCCCUUGUGGUCGCUGUAUCUGUGGGUUUUACCCGUGCCAGAGGUUAUGGCACACCAAGUUAUUGUUGGUUGUCUCUGGAAGGAGGGCUGCUCUAUGCUUUUGUCGGUCCUGCUGCUGUCAUUGUACUGGUGAACAUGCUGAUUGGAAUAGUGGUCUUCAACAAGCUCAUGUCUAGAGAUGGCAUCUCAGACAAGUCCAAAAAGCAGAGAGCAGGUCCGCCGUUGGAAGCGCGUAGCAGGCUGCUCCUGAAAUGCUCCAAGUGCGGUGUGAUCUCCAGCACCGCCCUGUCCAGCUCUACAGCCAGCAGCGCCAUGGCCUCGUUAUGGAGCUCUUGUGUGGUUCUCCCUCUGUUGGCACUCACAUGGAUGUCAGCUGUGCUGGCCAUCACAGACCGCCGAUCAACCCUCUUCCAGGUGCUCUUUGCGGUCUUUGAUUCAGUCCAGGGAUUUGUCAUCAUCACCGUGCACUGUGCCAUGCGCCGAGAGGUGCAGGACGCAGUGCGCUGCAGGAUGGGUGGUUGCAAAGAUGACAGUGAAAACUCUCCGGACUCCUGCAAGAAUGGCCAGGUGCAGAUCAUGACGGACUUUGAGAAAGAUGUGGAUUUGGCAUGUCAAACAGAAAGAGGACACCCAUUCAUCUUUAAGGAGGUAAACACCUGUAACCCCGCUACCAUAACUGGCACUCUAUCCCGCAUCUCCCUGGAUGACGAAGAUGACCCCAAGUUGGCGGCUCAUCAGGAAGGUAUGAAUUUUAGCAGCCUGCCUGGGAACAUCGCACCCCCUAACCUCCUGGUGCAGGUACCUCCUUUGGUUCCCCUGAAUGAACUAAGUGAGCAGCCACUAAAGAAGGAGGUCAAUGUUGAGCAACAAGGUCAGCAUCAACAAUCUGGACCCAUCUACCUGUGCACCGAGAGUGGGCUGGGUUGGGCCCGACCAAAUCCAUCUUCCACCCAGGAUUCAGCUGGUGGUGGAGGGGGGGAAGGGGACUACAUGGUGUUGCCUUGUCGGACAGUCAGUCUCAAGCCCCCUCCUCCAGCCCAGGAUGAGGGGAAGCCCCUGAACAUUACAGUAGAUGAGCCUCCUUUUCCUCCACCCCCUUCACCAUUGACUCUGCAUCCAGCAGAAAGUGAGGCAUACCCAGCAGACUUUGCAGCUGUGGACCACAUCAGCAUGAACUUAAACCGCUCAUACAGCACACUAAAACAGUUGCCGGUCCACACUGGGCACACGCACUCCCACACCAACACCCGCACCCUACAGGUCAAGCAGAAUCAUCCCUCUGUCCGGCAGAUCCUCACCUCUCGAAAAGUGGAGCGCACCAGAACCCUUCCCCGCAACCUGGGCAGCACCAACACCAGCCACUCGGCUGGAUCUUUGGAAAGGAAAAGAGUACGGUACUCUGAGCUGGACUUUGAGAAAGUGAUGCACACUCGCAAAAGACACUCAGAGCUCUACCAUGAACUCAACCACUCCACCAAGUUCAAUACCAUAGACAGGUAUAACAGGGACCCUGCCAUGUCCUCCUUCAAGGUAAGACCCCUUUAACCUGCGAACCCACACUGUGGUACCCAUCCCUGACAUGCUCAAAUCGUGCACCACCCUUAGCCACAAUUUAAGUGAAAUAAUCUUUUCCUGUGUUUUCUAAAAAUCCUGCAUAAUUGCGUCAUAAAGUCUGUAACUCGUGCAAUGCUGGAGGAGUUUUAAAGCAAUAGUAACUGGAUCACUAAUUGAUUACUUGAAUUACUGAUAAUAGUUACAUAAAUCAUUUGUUACCACAGGAAACAUCUU